AUGGAAAAGACGGAUAAAAGUGAAAUCACAUACGAAUAUACGAAACGAAGAAAAUGUUUUGGAAGACAAACACUGUUCACCGAUCAUGGUCCAGAGUUGAAUGUUAACAUACCUCCUAAUUCAGCUAUGUAUAAAAACUACAUUCUUCGAAAUCCUGUUAAUGUUAGCAUUCAGAACACUGGCACUAUGUCAGAACAUUGGGUUAACUCUGUGAGAGCCGAAUACACAAGUUCAGGUGUAAAUCACGUAGAAGGCGGCUGGCCUAAAGAUAUAAAUACUAACGACCCUGAAGCUGCCCAGAGAUAUCGAAGGAAAAUUGAAAAGGACGAUGCAUACAUACAUGCUGUUAUGCAUCUGGGACACAGCAUGGAACAUAAUAUACUACAAAACAACGCUGUAGAUAUGUACCAAAUAUAUUACUCCGAGCUGUCUUCUAUACCCCCUGUGGAACGAAGCAGUUGUCACACCGUAAACGUAUACCGAGAGCCUGGUUCUGCUAGACGGCCAAUUCGUUCACUCUCAUGGCAGGCAGACGGUGCCCGGCUAGCCUCAGCACACGCAGAUGUUAAUUUCAUGAGAUGUGCCAGAAGUCUUCAAUUUUCGUAUAUUUGGGACAUAGAAAAUGCCAACGCUCCAGAGUUAGUAAUAACACCACCACAACCACUGUUGGAUUUACAAUACAAUCCUCGCGAUCAACAUAUUCUUGUAGGAGGUUUGAUGAACGGUCAAGUUGGCUGCUGGGAUAUGAGAAAGGGCAGCGAAACAAUAGCACUUUGUCCACCACACGUUGCUCAUAGAGAUCUUGCACGAAACGUUCUUUUCAUUAACUCAAAAACGUGUGCAGAAUUUUUUUCAGCUUCGCCUGACGGAGUCGUCAAGUGGUGGGACAUAAGAAAUAUGAAUGAACCAACUGACUCAAUGAUUAUAGAUGCCGUUAGAACGAAUAACGAUACUCAAUGCGUAGAAAACGCUUUGGGUAUUUCCGCACUUGAGUACGAACCAACCAUUCCAACGAGAUUCAUGGUUGGAACGGAAACUGGACUAGUGAUAGGGGGUAACCGCAAAGGAAAAACACCGUUGGAAAAACUGCCUUCUAAGUACGAAGCACAUUUAGGACCAGUGUACGCAUUACAAAGAAAUCCAACAUUUUUGAAGAACUUCUUAACAGUUGGCGACUGGACAGCUCGCGUAUGGAGUGAGGAUUGCAGAGAAUCUUCUAUACUUUGGACUUAUCCACAUCGAACUAAGCUCACUGAUGGAGCAUGGAACCCUAUAAGAUUUUCACUAUUGCUAGUGACACAAUGGGACGGGUGCCUGUCCUGUUGGGAUCUGCUGAGAAGAAGAAGUGCACCGAUUGUUACUGCACAGCUGUGCGAUGAACCAUUAUUGCGCCUUCGACCACAUGAAGGGGGACUCUUGGUAGCUUGCGGUAGUAGCAAAGGGACCAUCUACCUAGCGGAGCUGUCACAAAACCUUGGUACUGCGGACAAAAACGACAAACAACUCCUGACCCAUAUCUUGGAACGCGAAAACAAGCGCGAACGAAUCCUGGAGGCUCGGAUGCGCGAGCUGCGACUGAAGAUGCGCCAGGAGCGCGACGGCGCCGCGCACGCGCCCGACGACGCCGCGCGCCGCGACGCCGACCUGCGCGACGCCGCCGCCGACUACUGCCUCGCCGUCGCCGAGCUGCAGGCGCGCCAGCACGCCCUGCCCGCGUGA